AAUCCUCACCUACCCGACAAUCUCUCUCCCACCCCACCCCUUUCUCGUUUCGUUGGAAGAAGAAGAAGAAGAAGAAGAAGGUGGUUUCGCUGGAAGAAGAAGAAGGUGAAACCCUAGAUCUGAUCUCGGAUGACGGCGCGAUCGUUGUUGGCCGGUAGGAUGGUGGCGGCGGCUCGCCGCGCCUUCCGCAGCUGGCCCCUCCACACAAUCACAACCACCACCACCACCGACGCCGCCACUGCCAUCGCCACCAAGGAACAGCACAAGGUGGUCAGUCGUCUUGAUGUGAUGGAGGAUAUAAGCUUUCCCUACAUGACACGCGAGAUGGCCGCCGUACUGCGGCGGAGCCGUGUUGCGGCUGUCGAACACAACAAUUUUAACAUCAGGCAGCUUGCUAAUCCUUACCAUGGGCCGGCUGAUGGAGAUAUCCUGUAUGACAGGGCAUGGAUUAACAAUCUUGCUCUGCUUUUUACUCUCUCCACGUUAUUUGGGGCGUUUAGUACUCUAGCCAAGCUAAAGCAGACACGGACAGUGGACCAAUGUGUCCAGACCCAAACUAGUUAAAGCAACCACUGAGGUUGUAUGGAUUCCAGUCCCAAACUUGUUAAAUCAACCGCUGACGUUGUAUUGGAUAUCAUACUCUGUAUGUCGUAAUACUUAAUUUCAUAUGCUAUUGUCAUAACUUGAGAAUUACUUCCUAUAUGUUAGCUUUAUAUGUUUCUGGAUGUUCUGUUGUGUCUGCCCCCAAAAUACAACUUGCUCAGUUAAGAUUUC